AUGCAACACCCGCCUCAUCUCCUUUCUCUUCCCACCGAGAUCCAGCAACUAAUCGCCGCGCACACGCCGUACAACGGCCUCCGGGCCCUCCGGUUCGCGCACCGUACCUUCGCGACCCUCAUCUCCACUUCUCACCUUGCUACCGCCCGCGACCACCUCCGCGCCAGCCUGGCCCACAGCGAGAGACACGGCCUCAGCUUCCCAGCCGACGCCUUGAGGCACACCAACGCAUACCUCGACCUCAUCUCCGCCCCCUCCAGCGGCCUCUCCCUAGAGACAUGCACUCUCAGCUGCUACGCCUACCCCACCCCAACAGCUUACCACUCCAAGCGGCCCACGCGCGUCACUCCUCGUACCCUACCGCUAGGCACGCAUCCGCACACGCUCUCCACCGCGGCCACGUUGCACCCCUGCUACAGCUGUCUCGUCUUGCUCCCCGUCUCGCAUUUCUACACCCGCCAGAUCAGCAACACACGCGCGCUCGGCCGCGCAGACUGCGCCCAGCGGUUCUGCAUCGACUGCGCCAUUCACCGGGGCAUCUGGACGGUGGGAACCCGCAUCGGGGCUCGCGGUAGCGAAUUCGUGGUUUGUGAGGCGUGCUUGGGCUUCAAGGCGCACGCUAGGUUGUCACCGAACCUAGGAGUGUUAGGGGGGCCGACGCCGGUGGCGAGGGAGGAAUUUGGCACCAAGCUGUGCGAUGACUGCUUCCAGGGGAAGUUGAAGGCGCGGAAGGAAGUGCAGGACAUGCUCGAGAUAUCAGGAAAGAGGGUGGUAAUCGAGACCGGGACGAGGGGCGUGCUUGAAGAAGCGAGGGAUGAGGGCACCGUGGUGCUUGGACGCAAAGGGCGCUGUCAGCGGUGCUGGGCAAUCAACCAUACGCAGAGAGCGGCUCUGGAAGAGCUGGAAGGCCGUCCGUUGUGCAAUGCUUGCUGGACACUAGCAACCGCAGGAGGAGCUGGAGACAGCAUGUUCAGUUGA